GAUAAUGACGGGGACCGCUUGGUUGUUUGCUGCGUCGUUGGCUUGGCUUCUUAGUGUGGCUACGACGCACAGGAACGUUGCACACGUCGAGAAGGAAACGGAAGAGCGAAAUGAGCUGACGUACGUCUAUCACGCCCGCACGAUGGUGAUUGGACAGAAAGACUUUGACAUUAGUGCAAGAUUUCGAGUUCUCUGUAUGGGUUUGCAAGCAAAGACUGGUUUUCGAUUAUGUGAACUCAUUGUAGAUGCUGUUCGAUUGACCUCUAAGGAUUCACCACAGCCACCAGUCAGCUAUCCUGGAGAAACAUCCAGCAACUCAACUGUUGAUUUUUCUGGAAGAUUUUUCUUUAAGCAGUUAAUGUCAGGAGAGGUGCUUAAUGUGUAUCAUGACAAACAUGAAGACCACCAUGUAACUGUUAUGAAGAGGGCUUUCAUAGCCAUAAUAUCUGGUCACAUGAAGACUGAUGCUAGAAGCUAUGAAGUUGAAGAAGUUGACAAUCACGGAAAGCAUGUGUCUACGUACAAAGUAGAGCCUGGUAAAGAUAACAUGUUGAUUUAUGCCAAGAAAAAGCAGCCAACACUUCAUAAAUCAUACGAUUCUACCUAUCAAAAGGUUAUGCAUGUAAACAAGGAGAAACAUGUGCAUUAUGCAGCUCAAAAUGAAUCAUUUGAGAUGCUCAAACAUAAUGCACCAAGUCCUGUCAUAUCAGAGAACAUCAAGAGCUAUGUCAAACCCGUCGAAGAUGGUAAAGAGUCGGGAGAAAUGCAGCAUAUUUAUGCUGCCAGCAAUUCAAGUGUCAGGCUUGUUCAAGUGAAGACGGUCAAAUUCGAACUGGAUUAUCGUAUUUUGAAACGGUUAGAGAGACAAAGUAUAGUCGCACAGAUCAAGAAGGAGUACAUACCCCCUGAGAACUAUGAAGAGACCAUAGAAGAAUCUGUAGACUGUAUGACACAACAUAGAUCGCCUAAUUCUUCUGAAUUCCAGUCUUGUUAUGGUCGUCUGAUGGAUACUCUUCGCCAGUUGCCUGAUGAUCAGCUUGAAUUGUUUGCUACUCGAUACUUGGCGCCAUCUUUAGUGGCAAAAGAGUCCCUCGAAGCUAAAUCUAUAGUUGAUGCUCUUCAAGCUCUAGCCAUCAGCAGACAGAAGGCACAGGAUCUUUUGGUUAAGUACGUGUUUCGCGCUUCCACGGUUGAUAAAGAGCUUAUCAUGAGCGCACUUCAUGUGUGUUUUACGGUAAAAGUACCAUCUCAAGGCCUCAUUCGUGCUAUUCAUGAUCUUGCUUUUAAUGACAGCUACUUGCCUGAUGUUAUGAAUGAUGGUGAUAUCGAACAGAGAGUGAUACUGGCAUAUGGAGCUCUUGCAAGGUCAUUGAAAAACGUGGAUUCUGCCAUGGCAGAUAGCAUUGCUCAUCAACUUGAAAUGGCUGCUAACAAUACUCCUCCUACUAUUGAAAGGACAAUACGUUCUGUUCACAGCUCACUGGUUGAAGAUCAUUGGCAUGAGUCGCACUACCGCAAAAUGAUUUAUCUUCACAGCCUGGGCAAUGCAGGCAUGGAACGUUCCAAGUCUCUACUUGUUGCACAUCUUGAUGACAAUACACCAAGCAUUUGGAAACGGGCAGCUGCAACAGCACUUGGCCAAUACAGUUGUCAAGAAUCAGCAAACGUACUAUUGAGAACUCUGUCUGAAGAAGAGGAAGAGAGUGUGUGGGAUGAAGCUUUGUUGGCGUAUCAACGUCAUCCUCGAUGGAACAACAAUUCUCUGGCCGAAUGUCUGGAAGACAGACUAAGAUCUGAUCGCAAAUUCAAACGUCGUAGUGUUGCUGAUUUUUUGAAGAAAUUGAACUUUAAACUAGAAUUGCCCGGAAUUGACUGGGGAAAGAAAGUGGGCUCUAAUUCUUUGGGAGCUUCAUUUGGAAUUCGCCUGAAGAACAAGAUGGAGCUGAAAACUGGUCAUAUACUUGUUGUCUAUAUCUAUUUAGAACUCUAA